UAUUGUAUUGGAUUCCACUUGUCAUUAUUUUUCAUUUUGGGUUUAUGCAUAGCGGGUGAAACGGCGCCAUCUCUUGGUGGUUAGCCGCGAUAAGGGUAGUGGACACAGGAACCUCGUUGCCAGUGUAUGGGAGAAGAGCACGAGGUGCUGUACCCGAUGAUGAGCCCAUGAUUCUGACCAGUACAUGUUCCGUUUCAUGCAGGUAUUUAUUUCAUGAUAUUGUAUUUUAUUUCAAUAUAAAUGUAUUAGACCUCGUUGCCAGUGUAUGGGAGAAGAGCACGAGGUGCUGUACCCGAUGAUGAGCCCAUGAUUCUGACCAGUACAUGUUCCGUUUCAUGCAGGCAGAUAAAGUCAGCAUUCAUCUCAUCCUGUCUCCUGAUUGUCAUUGAACACAACGCAGACACAAACUAUACGACGAAUGGAAACACAGAACUGGGUUAUGAUUAUUUGGACCGAGCUGAAUUAAUACACGGCCAAGUUCAGCACGGUUACACUGGUGCCGUGACCCGUUCUUCAGCUGCGUCGGCGCGGGCUGAGUCUACUUCCCGGAGCGCUCGCAUCGGAGUACCGGGGCUGCGUCUACUUCCUGGAGCCGCUCGCUUCGGAAGUGCCUCAGAUUCGGGACAGCUGUGUGGACUCUUUACCGCUUUGGCGGUGUGGCGGUAAUUUGUUUAGUAAAUGCAAAGCUAUUUUUAACCCUUUGUACCGUUGUUUGGAGCUGUUUGUGGUUUUAUGAGUGGCAGCACUGUCGCCAUUGACCGCAAAAUUUUUUUUUGCUCUCUCUACCUCAGUGAAGGAGGGGCGUUUUGAGACGCAACUAUUUUGAGUGUAUUUAUUUUGUGGAUGAUUUCUGUUGCCCUAUUCUACUUUGUUGACCUGAUGGGGAUGCUUUUGUUCCCCUGUAUUUGAGUUGUAUGUGCUUUAUUUUUUUGUUAUUUUUGACUGUUUUUUUGCUGUUGUUGGUAAAGUGUUGAGUAUGGCAGGCAAUUUUUUUGGUAGGGGGAGAGGGUUUACCCCUAUGCCUGCAGCUGCUAGAGGGAGAGGUGUGCUUUUGUACACUCCAGAUUCAUCCUCACCAAUACCAAGUUAUGCAGGUUUGGGUGGAAAUGUUAAUGACACUCUUGAUGCACCACAAAGUGAUGUUAAUGAUAAACGUUUGGGUGAUAUAGCUUCACAGAUUGGAAUUUCUAUUGGUGAAAGUAUUGCAUCUUGCAUUGAAACCCGCCUUAAUAAUACACUGUGUUCAGGAGUAGUUGGGGGUACAGCUAAUGAGUCUGCAAUGUUAAAUGUCAUUGUUCGCCCUGAUGUUAAAGAACCUGUGAGUUUUACAGGGGAUCAUGACUCAUGUUCAGUCCAAGAGUGGGAAGUCAUGAUGUUAUCCUAUUUGAAAAAGAAGGGCAUCCCUGUGGCUGAACAAGCUGAUGAAGUAGUAUCUAAGCUUGUGGGGAGGGCACAUGAAGUGGUUAAAGUGGGCAUACGCAGUAAGCCAGUUUUGAAUCUGCGUGAAGGACCUGAGCCCAUUUUUGAGUUACUGAAGCAACACUUUAGUGAUACUAUGUCCUCCAGCUUGCCCUUAGCUGAUUUUUAUGCUACUGUGCCCCAUCCUGACGAGCACCCCUUUGACUAUUGGCUGAGACUUAAUAAAGCUCUGGAUGUGACAGAGGACUCUCUAAAGAGACAAAAUAAGGCUUUUGACUAUCUGUCACGUGACUUAGCUGCCAUGUUUAUCCAGAACUGUCCUGAUCCUGAACUGUCGCUCAUAUUCAAGUGUAGACAGCUGAAAGAAUGGACAGUUGCAGAAAUUCACGAGAAGCUCGUUGAACACUGCAGAGCUCGCAAGCGACUAUCCAAACACAGUGUGACCAAUGUUUUGCCUUCUCAGCAACAGGAGGUCACCACUUCUAUGCAACGUGCGACACUCACAAGUGCGAUUGUGCCUGCGGCUGCUGUUGUGUCGCCACCUGCUGGACAGGCAGCCGAGAGCUCCCCGGACCGCCUGGACCAGGUCAUCACUCUGCUCGAACGUGUUCUGGAGCAGCAGCCACAACAGUACAAGUUUCAAAAAUUCAAGAAGUGCAACAUGGCAAGAGGCUGCCUCUGCUGCUUGAAGUAUAUGAUGUUCAUCUUCAAUCUCAUCUUCUGGUUAUGUGGCUGCGGGCUGCUCGGUGUGGGCAUCUGGCUUUCGGUGUCUCAGGGCAGCUUCGCCACCUUCUCACCCUCAUUCCCUUCACUGUCAGCUGCCAAUAUGGUCAUUGCCAUCGGCGCCAUCGUCAUGGUAACAGGUUUUCUCGGUUGCCUGGGUGCCAUCAAGGAGAACAAGUGCCUGCUUCUGAGCUUCUUCAUUGUCCUGCUGAUAAUUCUUCUGGCGGAGGUGAUAUUGCUCAUCCUGUUCUUUGUCUACACAGAUAAGGUGCGUGAGAAUGCCAAGCAAGAUCUCAAGGAUGGGCUGGCUCUCUACAACUCGGAAAACAACAUAGGCCUGCGAAAUGCCUGGAACAUCAUCCAAGCAGAGUGGAAGUGCUGCGGAGUUAUAGCAUACACCGACUGGCACGAGGCUCUGAAGGAGAAGGCAGUUCCUGACCGCUGUUGCCAGGAGCACUACCAAAACUGUGGGCGUAACUCCACCAACAUGUUUUGGAACAGGGGCUGCUUCGAGAAAGUGGAGGGAUGGCUGGAUGACAAUAAGUAUCUGCUUGGAACCAUAGGCAUGGUCAUCUUGGUAGUGGAGCUCCUGGGCAUGGCGUUCUCCAUGACAUUGUUCCACCACAUUCACAGAACAGGAAAGAAGUAUGACGCUUAGCCUUGGGAGAAGCACCAAAUGGAGAGGAGUCCCAGUGCUUGAUGGGAUAAGACUCUGGUUUAAACAUUUAUGCUUUCCCCUUAGCAUCCUUUGACCCCUUUCCAGAUCAUCUGUACAGAUUCCAGCUGCUCUGUUCUGCUGUCUCCUCUCACCAUUCAUUUUGCCAAAGAGUAACACAACUGGAAGAGAAGAGGCACCUACUUUUGGCAAGAAGGAGAAUCCCAUAUGUUGUCCCUCCUCGAGUUUACGUGUUUUUGUUUUUUUUGUCUUUUUUGAACUAACCAAUUGCUGGAAGGAAAGACAGACUCUGAGACAAUGAAGAAUUUACUAAUGCCCAAACAACCCCCUUGGGGGGGAACCCAUGAAACUGACAAAUACCUCCACCUCUUGUGGAGCUUUUUCCUCAUGCUUAUGAAAUUCUAGCCCUGUUUUUUUUUUUUUUUUUCCUUGUAAAUGAAAAAGAUCCAACAUGGCAUGCUAGUUUUCUACUUCACUGAUUUUAGCUUUGACAUUGAAAUGUCAGAUGUUACAAUUUUUUUUAAAUUUCUUGUUUAUUUGUUAGAUUUUUUUGUAAGUAUGUCAUCCUGUGGAAUGUAAGUGUUGAACAGAUCAGUGCAAUGAGUUCUCAGAUGUGCAGCGUGUAUAUGUGUGGGGUUGGAUUUGUGGUGACGUUGUUGAAGAGGGGCAAAGACAUGUAAGGAUGCAGAGGUUUAGGUAAAAUGAGCUUGAUGGACGAGCGCCAUGAGGAAUCAUCAGUGGAUUAAUUUUAUUCCAAAUUCUGCAGUAUCCUCUGAAUAAUAAACUCUAAUAGACAAAUUUGGCUGUGAACAAACUCACACACACACACACACACACACACAUACACAUAUACAUCUUGUGCUGCCACAUAGCAGCAUACCAUUCCCUGUUAGACAAUACAAAUGGUGUAAAAUGGCUGUUUAUUAGGGCUCCAGCAGCACUGUCAGCUGUAGAGAUCUAGGUGAUAAAGUCUCUCCUUCAAAGAAACAGACUGGGUUGUGUAUGUGCAUGCUUUUUUAUCACAGUCUAGGCUGCAGAGGGAAAAAAAAAACCACAGAGAAACACUUAGAAGCAAGGGCAGGAUGGGGCAAAAACAGAGCAGACACGUUGUCUCGUUUCUGCUAUCAAUAGUGUUAACAGUGGUGGAUUCUAGCCUUUCUGUAUUGAAGAUCUCAUCCAUUCACUACGCCCUCCCCGUGCUUUCUCUUUGUGGCUGCCAACUCACCCCUGCCUCCAUCUUUUCUUUUUCACUCUAAUUUUCUUUCUUUGUGUCAGACAGCAAUGAGUCUCAUGCUCCAUUCGUACACAAAGUGCUUCUGCUGACAUUCCUGCUCAUCGCACGUUUACACCUCCGGUUUGCAACCCCUCCGAUUUCAUUCAGGCAUCGUUUUCUUGCAGCAAAGGGAGGUGGAGGAGGUGGGAGUGUAGCCAGAUCAAAGCUCAGACAGAUAGGUAUGGCAACAUGCCCUGUAGGACACAUCAGUUUAUGUCUGUUUACAGCUGCAUUCACUGCAGGAGGCCAGAGUGUCAGCCUUCCUCCUGAAGACUGAAAAUAUUCCAUCUGCUGUGGCAACUUCAAGAAAUGCCCUCCAGUGCAUCUGCUCUAGGCUUCAAACUCUCUAAAGAGGCUGCGGUAUAAAGAACUAGCUUACUGUUAAAGGAUCAUUUCGAUUUUUUGGAAUCAUGAGGUUAUAUUCAAUUGCGACGCUGUACUUUACAGAGUACUUACACUGUUUCUACAUUGUUUACCCAUCCGAGAGGAAUUAAGUAUUGUGCUAGUUAGGUUAAGUCCUCAUGCACAACUAGCCGAGCCGAGUUUGGUUACCGCGGAAGCUGCCAAUUAAACCUUUACGAGUGGUUGCAUUCUGAAUUGUAUCCUACAUUAGAGCUGCAAUUCAAUUUGUUGCUUUGGAUGAAGCCUUGAAACUCAAACGCUGUUCAUUUCUGCUACAUGAGCUAACAAAGAAAAUAGCCCGCCGAGAUUUACUCAUUAGAUGUCUCCCUGAUCUGAGAGAGUGUUUGAAAUCAUUGUUGGCAAUUUAUUUUUUAAUUGGUUUUAUGAUUUCUUAAUCAGAGGUGCAGCUUUAGGAAGAAAAAAGGGGAAUUCUUACAACAGGAAGCAAGAGAUUUGUGCUGUUAUGUUUAGUGACCCUGCUGGGUGUGAUACACUGUCUGACCCCAUAUGCUCCAGCUCUUCCUGUUGUGUCCACGGGGGAAACAUGACAGCUGCUGAUGUACAGCGCAGGCACAAGUGGUCACAUUACCUCUGCUUGGCUGCCUCCACAAACUCUACCCAUCCCUUAUUUACUGCCUCACUCUGCAGACACCUGGCGCUAUACGGUAGCUGGCGGCCCCGACACUGUAGAAAUACAUUGUGCUUUGGACACCUUAAGGCACUUAUAUACCCAGGACAGGUUACUGGAGGAAUAGCUGAAACAGUUUUGUAAAUCAGGCUGUGCUGUAUCCUUACUGCAAAAGAGGAAGUUUAUAGGAAAGCCAAAAUGGCCACACAUGUAACAGAAAGCAUGAGAAUGCAGAAUGGUGGAAAUAAAAGAAAUCCAUUGUGAGGUCAGAACCUCAAUGUAACUGUUUGCUCCCCCAGCUGAUCUGACUGUGCCGACAUUUUCUUCUUUGUGUGGAAUCCUUUCCCCGUUUUCCAUGAUUAUUUCAGAGUAAAUGUUACUUUGUGUUUGUAAUAUGCAGGGAUGAAUGCCAUUUUAACAGAGGCUGUUUAAUUAUGUUAUUUUUGUACAUUUUUGCUGUUUUAAUGUUUGUUUUUUAUACAACAUGCAGUUGAUUUUCUUGUUGUAGGUUCUGUUUUUUUUUCUUCAUUUGUGUGACACCAUUAAGGAUAUUUUUUUCUUAGAGGAUUAGUCUUUGCAGUGUUCCACUACAACAUGCAAAAAUGCCUUUUCUGUCUUUCAGUGAUACAGGCGGUUAAAGCAAUUAACUUAGAAAAAAAUAGAAGAAAAAUCUGGCAUACAGUGUCAGGGAAACUCCACAAAAGACAUACUGCGCUCUUGUCAUUGUGCUUCUUUGUAUUAAGAUCAAAUUUAAUUGAAUUAGGACGUGCAGUUAUAAUCUGCAAUAUCUCUUAAAACUGCCAGUGUAAGACCCAUUUUGUAUUCUUAGAGCAUGAACUGUUAGAUGACUGUACCACAGAGUUAGAUGAGUAUACAACAGAGUUCAUGUCACCAGUAUAUCAGCGCCGUAUGAUAGCUCAAGAUGUAAAUAUGCCCAUUUUCCAACUGAUGUAACUUACUGUUAUACCUCUGCCACUUCACCUAACAUUUACAUCCGCAGUCUAAUUGUCGAACAACCCAUGCCCUUUUGUGCUCAUUUAGACACUUGUACUGUAUGUUAUCCAUUUUUCAUGUUUGCCAGUUUUCCUGCCUGUUUUAGUUUCAAGCACCAGUGUAAGUGUUAAGGAAAUUUGUGUUUUGUCAGUACAGUUCUCAUAUUUUUUUGGCUGCGUUUUCAUCUUUUAGUAAAACAUUUUUUCAUAUGAUUUUUUUAUAUAUUUUUUGAAGGAAUUAUAAAAUAUUCCCUCUCAUCCAUGGAAACACUCCCAGUAAGCCACGGAAAUGGUGAAGGAAGGAUGCACAUGCAGUAAUUGGGUUUUGUCUGCUGUGAAGAAUUCUGAACAUAGAAACUGUUUGUUUGUUGUUGGGUUUUUUUCCUUUUCUUUUUUUUUUUUUGCCACCUUCGACAUAUUAUUUCUGUAAUCUGCUCCUAAUCCUUCCCCCUCCCCGUGCCGAAGCUGAAUAUGUGAGCAGUGGAAAUGUAUGCUCUAGAAAUGGUGUGUUUGAUGUUGUGUUCUGCUGGGUGGCACUAUCAGAUACCUGCCAACCUUGUCCUGUGGAGUUUUCUGCUACACGUGAAAGCACUCUGAAUAUCUAUACUCGCUGGUGCACUACUUUCUCUUUACUCGCUAAAUCGACUAUUUUUUAAAUAAAGGAAAGAGUGUCGGAAAAAUU